AUGUCCUACUACGAACAACCCCCCUACUACGGCGGCACGCCGCAGUACGAAAGACCCCCCUACGACCGCCCCCCCUCAGGCUCCCCCUACGAACGUCCACCCUACGACCGUCCCCGCUACGAAGGGCCCCCCUACGGCGGUCCUCCCCCAUCAGGCUCUCCCUACGAACGCCCCCCAUACGACCAGGGCCCCCCUCCCUCCGACAGACCCCCUUACGGCGGCCCUCCAUCCGGCUCCCCCUAUGACCGCCCCCCAUCAGGUUCCCCUUACGACCGCCCGCCUCAGGGCUCCCCCUACGGUGGCCCCCCACCAGGCCCCGGCGGCCCUCCCCUCUCCGCCCGCCCACCACCAAACCCCCCACCGCCGCUCCCCCUAGGCUGGUCGCAGCAAUGGGAGCCCAGCGUGCGCCGCGCCUUCUUCGUCGAGGAACCCACCGGCCGCACACAGUGGGAGCCGCCCCUGGGCGACUCUGAAUUCGCCUCGCGCAGCGGACCACCGCCCGAGUCGGACUCGUAUUAUCGUGCUGGCCCGCCACCGCCGCCGAUGGGAUACGGUGGACCCCCGCCUGGCGGACCGGAGGGGUAUGCGUCGCCGCCACCGCAGGGCGAUUAUUAUUCGCAGGAAGACGAGAAGGCGAAGAAGAAGAGUGAUCGGAAGAAGUAUCUUCUGGGGGGUGCUGCGGGGUUGGCGUUGGGGGCUGCGGGGGGUGCGUUUAUUGCGCAUGAGAUGGGCGAGGAUAGUUCCUCCGACGAAGAGAAAGAAAGGGAGCACGAGCGAGAAGAGCGUGAGGAGCGCGAAGAGGCGUAUUCGGACCGGGGGGAUGAUUAUCCCCCGCCUGAUGACUGGUGA